CAAAAUUUUCACUUCCCAGUUGGUAUCCAAAGUCUCUUUCUCUCUCUACAACCACUUUCUCUGAACCUUUUGGUCUUUUGGCUUCUCUGCAACUUUACUUUGUCGAGCUUUCAUUUACGGAGAGCCAAAAUUGCCUUCAUCUGUCCAAUUCAGAGUCUUUUUUUAUAGAUCUUUAGAAAAAUCUUUUUUUUUUUUUUUUCCCGUUUCUGUUUCCUUUUUGGGUUCCCAUUUGAUGAGUGAUUGAUCUCGUUUUAGAGGAAACUAAAGGUCGUUUUGUUUUUUUGGCAACAAUGAAGUCUUCAAGUCGGCUUGACUCGGCUGUUUUUCAACUCACUCCAUCUCGGACAAGGUUUGUUCGUUUUGUGAGCAAUCCAGAGGUCUUGGAACGCGUGUAUGCCUUGGAAUCUGAGAUCUUGCAGAUUGAAGAGGCAAUUGCGAUUCAAAGUAACAAUGAAAUAGGGUUGGCCAUGGUCAAAGAUCAUCAAACAAAAUCUGUGGAACACAUUGAUGGUACUGUUGAAGAAGACAUCUUCCAUACCGUUUUUAGUUUUAUGAACUUCAUGUUAACUUUAAUCUAUUUGGAAUGGUUAUACAUUUUAUGCUUGCUGUUCACCCUCAGUUACUGUCAAUUGAUUUUUCUUCUUUUUCUUCCUUCUCUUUCUAGUGGGAGGAGGAUAUGUGUUAUCUGGUUUUAUACAUACUCUUUUAGAUUUUCCAUCAUGUGUUAUAGUUGUAUUAGCAAAGUUUUUUAAUUUGAGAUGUUAUAUUUUAUCAAGCUUUUAUUAUAAGAACUAGAUUCUGAAGAAUAUAAAUCUCCAGAUUUGGUCAUGUUUCUAUUGGUUUUGGAAUAACACUCAAUGGUUUUUGACAGGUAGCAGGCCUCUGCUGGAUUCUAAUGAGGAGAAAGCCAUUGUCCUUUACAAGGUGGGUGC